GAAGUCACCAUGACAACAGAAAAGACACAGAAUGGUAAGAGUGAUGCCUCUGACCCAGACAAGGGAGCUAACCGGACCCUGUACGUGGUCUUCCUGUCCCUGGUGAUUGACCUGCUGGGCUUCACCCUGAUCCUCCCCCUCCUCCCCUCCAUACUGGACUACUACGGGACCAAUGAAAAGGACACUUUAUAUAAGAUGAUCAAGGAUUCGGUGACAGGGUUUAGGGAGAUGGUAGGGGCCCCAGACACACCACGGUGGAACUCUGUACUGUUUGGAGGUGUGAUUGGGUCCCUUUUCUCAAUGUUGCAGUUUUUAGCUUCACCCAUAAUGGGUGCAGCCUCAGAUGUCUAUGGCAGGAAACCUGUGCUUGUCAUCUCCAUGGUGGGGGUGGCAGCUUCCUAUGCCCUGUGGGCGGUUUCACACAACUUCACCCUCUUUGUCAUUGCUCGCAUCAUUGGGGGGCUCAGUAAGGGGAACGUCAGUAUAUCUACAGCAGUCAUAGCUGAUAUAUUCCCCCCAGAAAAAAGAGGCAAAGGCAUGGCCUUUGUGGGUGUGGCAUUCUCAGUUGGAUUUGUAUUUGGACCAAUCAUUGGAGCCGUUUUCUCCAGAUUCGCCCGGGAACAACAGGAAGUGUUCUAUACAGCCCCUGCCCUUUUUGCACUUGCUUUAGCCAUCAUAGAUGUUAUUUUUGUUCUUAUGUUUUUCAAAGAAUCACUACCACAACAUAGAAGGGCCAAGUCCAUUUCCUCUGGAUGGCAGAACACAUCACAUCUCAUCAACCCAGUGUCUUUAUUUAAAUUCUCUCCUGUGAAAAAUACAAAUGCUCAAGAUGUGUCUGCGAUGCAGAAGAUAGGUGCUGUGUAUUUUCUGUAUCUUCUGAUGUACUCAGGACUCGAAUUCACACUCACGUUCCUCACUCACAACAGGCUCAACUACGACAGUAUGCAACAAGGGAAGAUGUUUUUCUUUUUGGGGACCAUUAUGGCUUUAGUGCAGGGUGGUUAUGUGAGAAGGAUACCUGCAGGGAAAGAAGUGAAGAUAGCCACCCUGGGAAUGACGAUGCUCAUCCCAGCCUUUGUGUGCAUGGCCUUUGCCUACAGUGCUAGCAUGAUGUACAUAGGACUGACAUUGUUUGCCUUUGCUUCAGCCACAGUUGUUCCUUGUCUGACAACACUGAUCUCAGGAUUUGGAGGCACGGAUCAGAAGGGGGUGGUGAUGGGAGUGUUCAGAUCUCUAGGGGCUCUAGCCAGAGCUUUCGGUCCUGUCUUAUCCAGUAUAGUGUACUGGAGCUGUGGAGACAAAGUCUGUUACAUAUCAGGAGCAGUUCUACUUAUCAUUCCUUAUGUCAUGCUCAGAAAGAUCAAAGGUUCCUCACACACAGCCUAACAAGCUCUCUGAUUGGUCACUACCUUCAAUCUUAUUUGUUACAGCAUCUGUGAUUGGUCCACAUUAAAGAGAGAUCUCAAGCAUUACCAUUGGUCCAUAUCUUCUUUGUUAAAGUAACAUUGCAGCAUUCUUACCUUAAAUAAACAUUUUUUUCAUAAAACUUACAGACAGCAUAUAUCAUGGUGCUUUUCUGAGUAUAUCAUACAAAUGUACAUUUAGAACUCUUAAUCAAACUUUUAUUUACAACAUCUUUUAUUCCUGAAUUACUGAUGAAAAGUCUGUUUAGUUUUAUUAAUCAUUUUCUGUUAAUAUCAGUUAUUCCCAUUUUUACUGGUUACAUGAUAAAGUAAGUUGUGAACCUUAAAUGCACAUGUAUUUUUUAAAGUGAAACAAAAGUUGAUUCAUUUUCAAUGUUGGUAUGGAGCCAGGAGGCUGUUGAUUAUUCACCUUGUUGUGGGGUAUUUGUAGAACAUAUCAUUACUGCUGAGACUAUAAUGACAAUAAUAUAUCUAGUCCAUGACAAAAUUAAGAAUUCUUGUUUACAUGUGCCAUUCUAUUUUCUAGCAGAAUAUACCUGGUACUACAUUGUACAUGUAUAUUGGUUACUUAAUUUAUACAGUACUUACACAAAGAAUCAGUGAAAUGUUUGGAGGUUUAGGUUAAGGAUUUUAUAUUCUUGUUCUGGUUGGUUUGUUUACAUUAUGUAUUGUAUACAUAUUGUAUGCAUAUGUUUAAGUGAUGUUUGCAGGAUAAAUAUAUUUAUGUUUCAGAGUAGUUUUUUGUGCAAUUGUUAAAUAAUACUGUUCUGUAAACUUGUAUGUGAUAAAGUUUUCGUCUUCCAAUGUAUCUUUUUGUAAGAAGUACAGUUGUCUGCUCUUGAGGAUUUAUUCAGGGAAUUGUUUGGUAUAACCUUGUUUCAAGGUCAUUCUACAAAGAAAGUUCAAGGUUACUGCCAGAAAAAAACUCAGACAUUUCUUUUCUAUGUUAUCAUAUUAAGAAGAAUCAUGACAAGCUCCAUCUGUAGAGAGAUUGCUUUGGACAUGAGUGUUUGUCUCAACUUUGACCUCAGGUUCUUCUGGCAAGUUCAAGGUCAAGGGCAGAAAAAGAUAUACACGUCCAGUAACUUCUUGUCUGAGCUAUAACAUGCAUUUAGCAAUGGAGAAUCAUUGGAAGUUUUAAAAUUUUUAAAAUGAAAAAAAAAUUAUUCCGAUAAAUUUUCCUAGAAAUCUUGAAGUGAUUCGACUGCUGGCAUUAAUGUAUUACAAUGAUAUAUGCUGUAGUGUUGAACAUUCGAUUUUUAAUGUAUUGUUGAUAUUUCCUGUUUCUAUUAAUAAAAUUUGCUAAGAAUAUAUGGAAUGAGGUGUCAAGUGUGCUUGUUAAUGAAUAUGUUACUAAAAAUGAAAAGACUUUUAUAUAUUUUUCUAAUCUGUCAUGAUUGUUGAGUGUAAAUUUUAAAACCUUG